ACAGCUUACAAAUUUCGAUUUUUCUACAACAAAAAUCAUUUUUCUUCGUUCGCGAUAGUUGUGAAAAAUCUGCCAGUUAAACGAAAACUAAAAUUUUCUGCAAACGGAUUUUGUGAAACAUAAAAUUGAAAACAAAAAAUUCAGAAUAUUGUAAACAGCUAUGUCAAUCGUAAUGGAAUUACUAUAGGAUUUCGGUGUGAAAACAAUCAACAUUUUCCCCAAGUAGUUUUGAAAAGUGGGCAAUCAUUUUGCUAAGUGGUUUGGAAAAAAAAGGAAAUUUUAAUUUUAAAAUACGAGAAAAAAAGGUGCAAAGUGACAAUUAGCUGUGGUGUGUUGUCUCCAUUAUUGGAUUGAGAAGAGGGUGAAACGUUUUGUGUGUGCUAACAAUCAAUUUAAGAAGAAUCUAAAGCCAACAUGUUUUCGGGAAUAUCGAAUCAAGUCACAUCGUGGAUGGGCACUGUUAAAGGAGAACCUCAGGAUGAAGAGGUGCCCACACCAGCAUUUCAGGAAAGCAAUAUCGAACCAGCACAAAUUGCAGAAUCGUCACAGCAACAAUUGGAAGACGUACCAAUUGCCAGCGAAGGUGACGAUGGGGCUAAGGCGCAGAGUCCAACCAAAUCCGGCGGAAUGUUUUCAAAUGUCAAAUCGCAAAUGAGUGGAUGGUUAGGUAAUGCAGCCAUUCCGACGAUGCCAUCAAUGCCUGCUAUGCCAUCUAUGCCAGCCAUGCCUUCAAUGCCAUCCAUACCGGGCCUUCGAAAAGGUGCAAACGCAGCUGGUGAUGAGGGUGUAACAAACGAAGCAUUGGCUGUAUCGGAGAAUGCUGGCGAUGUUGCCGGCGCUGUCGACGAUGAGGACAGAUCUAGGUAUAUUAGUGCUACCGAAGGAGCUGAUUCAGCACCAGGAUCACCAGGAGCCGGUACACCGUCAGAGGAAAAGGCUGGACAAGUUGGAAUGGUAACAACGAAGGUAACACAGGGUGCAAAGAAUUUCGGAUCAUUUUUGUAUUCAGCCGUGAACAAAGCUGGAGCAAAAAUAAAGGAAACCGUCAAAGAUAAUAGUAUUUUGGGCGAAUUUAGCAAAGAACAGGAGGCAUUUAUUAAAGGGCAACAAGGCGGUGCAGAUGCAGCUGUUGCACCAUGGAUAGGACACCAAAAUGAAGAAAAAGUCAAAGAAGAAAUCAUAGGAUUGUCAUCUGAUCGUCGUAAUUUCGUAAGAGCACCUCCCGCCGGCGUUGAUUUUGACUUCAACUACGACAUUUCAUAUCCAGUUGCUGUUGCGAUUAUGGGCGAGGAUUCAGCACUAGAAAAAAUGCGCUUUGAAUUGGUACCGAAAAUAAUAACCGAGGAGAAUUUCUGGAGGAAUUAUUUCUACCGUGUGUCACUCAUUUGUCAGGCGAGUGAUUUGGGUACACUUGGAUACGGUGGUGGUGAUGAUGAAGCAAAGAAAUUAUCCGCCACAUCAACCGAGACAAAUUCAGGUGUUAACAGUGUGACGGCAAGCGGUGCAACUGUGACGAAAAAUCGUACAGUAAGCGAAACUGAAUUUGUAUCGGACACAUUCCAAACCAAUGACAAAGACUUAGAAGAGGUUAAGGCUGGUAUGAAAAAAUUAGGCAUCGAUACGCUAGCACAACAGGCUGGUAAAGAUGAAGAGCAAUGGGAAAAAGAUUUGGAAGCUGAACUGCAGGACUAUGAGGUGGUGAACGAUGGUACCAGUAAACAGCAAGACGCCAACGCUGACUGGGAAAAGGACGUUGAUGAUCUACUCGGCGAUUGUGAUGAUUUGAAAUAGUUUGUAGGUUUUAUCAGAAAGCAAAGAAAAUUAUCAAAAUGAAUUGAAUUCCAUUGAAAAAAUUAUGUGAAAAUUUAUUAUAUUGAAAAAAUAAUAAAUUUUAAUUGCAAAUUAAAAAAUGAAGAACAAGAAGAAUAAAGGGAAAACAGCAAAAAAAAUCUAUAAAUAAAAUGUUAGAAUUGUAAAAAGUUUUAAAAAUCUGCAUCCAUUAUUAUUGUAUAAAAAGAAGAAGGGAAUACGAUGGAACCGAAAUUUAUUUUGUUGAUUUGAUUUUUAGUCUUUAAUUUUUCUUCUGUAAAUACAAAAAUGUAAAAUGAUUUAUGUUGGAGACGAAUAUGUGCAUUUAAAUUUCACCUAUAAUUUUCUCAAUCCCUUCAGCAUUCUCCAAAGACUCACUAAAUUUUCAGCCCCCAUCCCUCCCCUCAAAAAAAAUAUCAAACCAUUCCAUAGAACCAGUUGUUUUCUUUUUGUAAUAAAUAAAUUGAAAGCCUCUAAAAAUUAUUAAAUUAAUGGCCUCCAACUAAAUAAAAACAAAUGAAAAAAGAAAAGAAAAAUAAUUAAAUGAAAAUCGUCACCUAUCAUGUACUCAAAAUUAUCUAACGCAUCAUUUACGUAAUUAUUAUGGUAAGUCUUUAAAAAAAAGAAACAAAAAAAAAAGAAUUCCACUCCUUUCUACUCGUAUAUGUGUCUUUCGUAGAAGUAAAUUCAAGGUAUUUGUUCAAUUUAUCACUUCAUACCCUCAUCCAACAUGAACUCCAUCUACUUUUUUCUCUGACCACCAAAUCCAAAUCUACUGAGUCUAUUUGAUCUGGAUGCUAAUCCGAGUCUGAGAAAUUAUAGUGUCUUAGAAGAAUUUUCAAUCUCAUACUAAGUACUGGCAUCUUUGUGUUCAUUAUACCAUGUACGCAGUCUUACAUCAUGUCCCAAACGUUGCAAGUGAUGAUGUUAAGGGGACAUUCAUAAAGGACGUAAGCAAUUCAGUGUUGCCAUACAUGUCUUCAAUCAUUGAUACCACCCAAAUACUCACCCUAGAUAGGGGAUAGAGCAUAAACUUAACUUCCGAGUGUUUGUAUUUGUCGAGUUAUUACUUUGGCUGACAACACAAUAAAUUGAGGUUCUUUAUCUUUGGUCAUCUUCUCCAUUUUUUUUUUUUUAUUUCUCAGCCUGUAAUCGAUUUUAGGCAAACCUGGUAUAGGCUACCAGCAUGGCCUACUUUGAGAAAUCACUUUGUCAAAGAUUUCGCAGUAUUUCUUUAAAUUUCUAAAAAAAAGUAUCUCAAAAAUAGGCCCUGGCUACUAUAGGUCGCAUAGAACGAAUAAGCGGUGCCGAAAUUAAUUAUUUUUUAAUCUGACAUGCAUCGGUCAUUGCCACAUCAACUUAGUACCGGUCUGUACUUAAAUUACCGAAAUUUAGAAUGACCAAUCUGGUUUUUGAAUCAUCAGGAUUUUGUAGGCUAUCAAUUUUUCUGAGGACGUUCGGUAAUGUUCGGGGUCGAGACAUUUUAGUAGACAAAAUCAAAUUCGAUUUGCACCUCAUCAAUAGAGCUAAACAAAUACCAUUUCAUCGAUCGCAAAUACCUUCAAUUUCUUCGCAAUCAAUGUGUGUAUCUGUUGUAUACAUGUUCCUCAAAACAAAAACAAAACAAAAAAAAAACUUUAUAUACAUUUAAUAAAAAAUGAUUAUACCCUUAAUACUUAAACGUGAAAAAAAAAACCAACAAACAACAUAUGUCUAAUCAGUACCACAGAAAAAUAGUUAAUCACAAGCUCAUUUUAUUGUCAACAAAGAAAAAAUUCAUUAAUUAAAUUACCAGUAAAACUUUUUGCGUAAAAAUAAAACAAUUAAAAAAUCCACAAAAAAA